AUGCUCUCCAAGCGCCCAAUCCGUGUUGGAAAUGUUUCCGGUGCCACGGGCGACUGCCCGUACGCUAUGAGGCGAAUGGCACAGGAUGGAAACGUGGACGUGAUCACUGGAGAUUGGCUUUCAGAGAUGAAUAUUGCCUGGAACUCAAUAGCAAAAGAUCAAGACCCUAACCUGGGCUACGAGCCUGGCUUUUUGGCGCAGCUGACUGAGUCAAUCGACACAAUUAUGGAGAAAGGAAUCAAGGUUGUCACUGAUGCAGGAGCAUUGAAUACAGAAACACUGGCAAUCAAGAUACAGGAGAUGUGUCAUCGAAGAGGCCACAAUGAUGUGGUGAUUGCUAUGGUUCUGGGUGACGACAUUUCAACCCUCAUUAAGGACCCUGCUCAGCGGGAAAAUCUCUUGCAUAUCGACCAUUCUGAAUGGGCUCUCAAAGAGUGGCACCUGGAGCCACAUUGCGGAGUAGCUUACAUAGGAGCCUGGGGUAUUGUGGAAGCGCUCAAAGCUGGAGCAGACAUCGUUGUCUGUGGAAGAGUGACUGAUGCUUCUCCCGUUAUUGGAGCUGCAGCGUGGUGGUAUGACUGGGCCAAAGAUGAUUGGAAUUCCCUCGCAGGUGCUUUAAUUGCCGGUCACCUUAUCGAGUGUGGAUCCUAUGUCACAGGGGCAAAUUUCUCAGGAUUCAAAUCAUUGCUUCCUCAGUUGGUGGAUCUUGCAUUUCCCCUGGCAGAAAUAAGCAAAGACGGAAUGUGUAUUAUCACAAAGCCAGAAGGGCAUGCGGGAGCUGUGACACAACACAACACGAUCGCGCAAUUCUUGUAUGAACUUCAAGGUGAACAGUACCUGAACCCAGAUGUGGUUGGCAACCUUGAAAAUGUACGAAUCAGCCAGAUUGCUCCCAAUCGAGUGCAAGUCCAAGGAAUUACAGGAUCACCUCCACCAUCAACAACCAAAGCCAUGAUUGCUGCUAAGGGUGGAUAUCAAGCCGAAGCCACAUUCUACAUCAACGGACUUGAUGUCGACGCGAAGGUAGAGAUGAUGCGCAAACAGCUUCUACAUAUCUUCCGUGACCAUAAUUUCAGCAAAUUUUCCAUCGACUUAUAUGGAUCUAGUGCAACUGAUCCUCAAAGUCAGCAGGCAGGCACUGUCUUUCUGCGUGUCUUCGCCCAGGCAAAACGACUAGAGGACAUCUCAGCGGACAAAUUCAAAAUCCCAAUAUACGCAUUGAGAAUGCAGAGUUACCCAGGCUACCAUAUGAACCUCGAUUUCAGAACUAUGGACCCAAAACCGUUUAUGGAGAUCUUCCCCAUCACCAUCUCUAUGAGAAGCCUGCGACAGGAAACUCACAUUACGCGAAAAGUGAUCACAGACAAGAUUCAUAUCGAUCCACCUGCUGUUACGGCGGAGUAUCCUGUCAUUCGCAAUUCAUAUGAGACUUCAAACCCGGUGGAUCUCGCGAAAUUUGGCCCUACCAAAAUGGCGCCCCUUGGCAGUAUUGUUCAUGCAAGAUCGGGAGACAAAGCGGAUAACUCCAAUAUUGGUUUCUUUGUCCGAAAUGAGGAUGAAUACCCCUGGCUGCAGAAUUUAUUGACAAUUUCCCAGCUUAAGGCUCUGUUUGCGAAUGACUGGACUAAGUGGGAAAAUAGUGCCACAAGGAGGGUAGAGAGAUGUGAGUUCCCAAAUAUCCUGGCAGUUCAUUUCCGUGUGAUGGACUUUUUGGACGGAGGAAUCGCAAGCUCUAGCAGGCUUGAUGGUCUGGGCAAAGGGAUUGGAGAAUAUCUUAGAAGCAGGGUGGUUCCUAUUCCGGUUCAAUUCUUGGAUAGAGGAUGUAUUUGA